GUAGCCUACUUAGUGGCAUGUUUAAAUCCACAAGUAAAAACCCAUUCCAAUGCAUGCCCCCUUUAGAUGCUGAAUCUCAUCAACUUAGUGUUCUCUCUUUAAGAUGUCUGGCACAGUUGCUUAGCUGGAUUCCACUCUCAUCUUAUAUCACUUCUUCAUUGCUAACGACAGUUUUUCAUUUUGCUAGUUUUGGCUGUCACCCUGAACCUGUAAUGAAUGUUGGAAUGCAACAUGUACAGACCUUAAGGAGAAACACUGAGCUGGGAAUUCAAGCUAUGGGCUGCAUCAAUGAAAUAAUGUCCAAACAUUGCAUUCCAGCCGAUUAUGAAGGCUUUUUAUUACAAGUGUUUCAAGAUACCUUCCAUUUACUACAGAAUUUAACAAAGGAUAAUUCUAAAAGUGCUGCAGGCAGAAAUACUUUAGCCAGUAUUGAUGACAUGUAUGUUGAAAAGUUUACAGAAUUUCUUCAGUUAUUUGUAAAUUUGCAUUUGAAAAGAUUUGAAAGUAGCCCACAAUUUCCUAUCUUAGAAUUUUUAGCUCUGCUUUUUAAAUAUACGUUUCAACAGCCUAGUCAUGAUGGAUUUUAUUCUUGCCUGGAUAUCUGGAAUACAUUUCUAGAUUACUUGAGUUACAAGCUAAAAUCCCAAGAUAACAGCUAUGAAUUAAUAUUAAAUAAGUACAAAGAUGCAUUAUUGGCUCUAGUGCAAGAAAUAUUCAGGAAACUUCAGUUUAGGUAUAACCAAUCAAGUUUAGAAGAAUUAGAUGAUGAAGAUCUGGAUGAUGAUUCAUUAACUGAAUGGCAACAAUUUUUAUGUCAGUGCUUAGAAAUUGCAUCUAAAGUUUCUGAUCUUAUGCCAAAUGAAGUUUUUAACUUAAUUUUCAUAAUAUUUGAAGAGAAUUUAAGGAUAUAUUUUGACCUUGAGCAAUAUUUGAAAUCUGCUGCAAAUAAUGGCCCAAUUGAGCUAAAUAUUUGUGGUGAAAAUGAAUGUCGCCGCUUACAUUGCAGCCUGAGAGAUCUUUCUUCAAUGCUUCAGGGUUUGGGAAGAUUAGUGGAGCAUAUGUGUGGAGAGCACUUUAAUAGUCGAAAAUUAGAUGCUCAGAAAACUUUAGAAAAGCUAUGUCAUGCAGCAACAUACAGUAACCGCCUGCGAUUCUAUGAAAUGAAAACUGCAGCACCUUUGGUUUUAGAGAUUGAUUUUAUAGAAGUUCAUGCUCAGAUACUAGCUACACUGAAAGCUUUCUGUCAUUGGCUAACACAAUAUAGCAAAGAAAACCCUUCUUUUCCAGAAGAAAAUUCAGGCAAUUCAAUAGAAAAAGUUAUUGCAGACAUAGCAAUAACAAAUAUAAAGAAAAAGGUACCUGAGAAAGUAACCCAUAGUGCUGCUCAUCUACUGAUAUCCCUAACAUGUACUGUUAGACCAGCUUUCCUAUAUCAGUUUCCGUUAGUUCAAGAUUUAUUUUCAGUUGUAGGGAAAUUAGAACUAAGGUUUUUACCAAUUGAGACUCAGCUUGUUGUUUACAGAUCUAUGUCAAAUGUUUUAGUCUUACCAUGGCCAAACAUACCGGAUGCUCAGCAGCUUUGGCAAAUUCGGUCAUCACGACACGAUGCUCUUAUUCAGUCUCUUUGCGAGCCGUUAAAAUCUUCUUGUAGCAAUCCAACAUUCUAUCAAGAUAAAAUUAUGCAAGAGCAUGCAAAACAAAAUAUAUUAUGGGUUCUUCGUGUUGUCUGUGGUUUGAUUGAAAAUAUAUCUGAUGCAUCAACAAGAACUAAGCAAGUCUUUUACAAGUCAAUACAACCUAUAAUUCCAUUCAUUGAAUCACUUUUUCAUUUGUAUUUGCAGCAUUCUGAUGUUACAGAAAGCAUUUUGGAAUUUUUUUUGUGUCUGUUUUCUGUGUUUAGAAUACAGAUAGGCCUUCCAUUCGUAGAAAAGACAAUUCAGAACUUUUUGACACUGUUUUCAUCAAACCAGUUGAUGGAAUUUGCUUUGAAUGAAUCUUCAUCUGGGUGUAAAGUAAUAGAAAAGCUUUUGCAGUUACUACAGCAAGUUGUUCAGGAACCAAAUUCAAAUUUCAAAGCAUUUUUACCAAGUACUAUAAAUCUGUGUCUUGAUCAGAUUUACCCAUUAGUUGCAGAACGUUCAUCAUCAGAAGUUAAACCUUCUUUAUAUGAGUUACUGCAUAAAAUUCUUUUGCAUAACUGGCGAUAUUUCUUCAAAGUCAAUGUUGUCAACAGUCUUGGAGAAGCAGGAAAUGAAAAAAUUGAAAAUGAGCAUCAUUUCACCAAAAUGAUGGAGGCUUAUGGGCAAUCUUUCUUGCAGCCAGAUAUAAAUCUGUUUAAACAAAAUUUAGUAUCUCUUGAAACUUUAAACAAUAAGUGGAAACUAUAUCAAAAGGGUUACUUUAAAAAUGUUAUGCUAUUCCAGUUUUUAAAUGUUCUAUUUCAAACAUUAAUUCACAAAUCUCAUAAUUUAUUACAAGAAGAAAUAGUGAAUACAAUUUAUAACAUGGCAUCAGUAGAAUUCAGUACCUUCUACUCAAAUUUUUUACCUCAGUUUCUGACAAGUAUGGACAGUUUAGAUUCAAAUCAGAAAACUGUUUUACUAAGGAAUUUUAAACAUGACAUGGAUCUGCAUUCUUUUUCAGAAAAUGUGCAUAGAUUUGUUAGUGAUCUGAGAUAUUACUGCCUUUGUACAAAUUCAUCUCUUUAAAAAUGCAACAAGUAUACAGUUGCAUAAUAUAUAUGCAAAAUGAAAAUAUUACAAAUUUAUGUACAGUUCACUUUUUAUACUUUGAUAUGAAAUUUUGAGAAGUAAUAUAACUUUUGAAUUUCAUGCUUCAUCAUAUUAUCAUCACCAUCAUGCUGGAUGUAUAUUUGAAUGGGUUCAUCUCAUAAUCUUUUCUGACAUACUAAUUAGUUUUCGAUGUGAAUUUUUUUUAUUUAUUUUAUAAAAUUAAAUCUUAUAAUAGAAGUGAUUUUUUUAACAAAAUAUAUAAUUUAUAUUUCAACUUAUAUAAUUCUGUUUCUAAUAUUUUUAUAACUUACAAGGAAAUCCCAAAGACUGUCAUUAUGAAUCUUUUUGGAAUGAUCAAACAUGUGAACAAAACAGCAGAUGCAAAAUAUAGCAUUUUACAAUCACUUGAAACCCUGAAAAUACAGCAUAUAAAGUAGUAUGCACACAUAUAAUAUUUGCAGUCAUGGAUUGGUUAACAUAACACGAGGUUUGAGGCAUUCUGUUGUGAAUAAAUCCCAUGUUAUGCAGCUUCUAGAAUUCAGUGUACAUAAGCACCCCCAGCUUAUUAAAAUCACUUCCAUUCCAAACAUAUUUGAACGUAUGAAGUGGCAAUUUGUAAAUUGAGACAACAAUUUUAAAUAUGUCUAGUAAGACAAUAGCUAACAAUCAAUCUAAGAAUUAAAAAUUAAUACUAAAAUUAAAAUCUUACCACAAUUUUGGGAGUUAUUUAUUUAUAUUUUUACAGCAAUGUAUUUAUAAUUACAUACCUGAUGAAAUUUUAAAUUUUUUGAGGGACUGAUCAAUCCAUGUUUAUUGCAUAUUAUUCAUCAAAUUUUUUAGUUGCAUUUUCAAGUUCAUAAAACUGCUAGUAGCUUUUCUGAUCACCAUCUUUGCAGUGUUUUUCUAGUUUUGAUUGAGGUUAGAAUGUCAUCAAUGUCACUGUCAGUUUUCAUAGCUGUUUUUAACAUUUUGUACUAUAUUAAUAGUCAAUUUUUUCACAUUAUCUCAAUAUUAUCAUCAAUUGCUACAUAUACUAAAAAUAAAUCUUCAUAAUUUCAGCCAGUGUUCUCUAAAACUGGCCAUAGCUUGUAAUUCCUCUAAAUAAAAGCUGUAUAUUUUAAAGCAUUUUUUAAUUGUGUUUUGGCAUUUUGCCCACCAUGGAUUGGCUGCAACAUGCAUGAUGCUGACUUACUUACCUCCUUCAAAGUCUUCUUGCAUUAUCACAUAAUAGUUUUGUUUAUCACUUUAUUGAAUGGAUUCCUUUUUUAAUCACAUUUAAAAUCUUUUAUAUUAUCUUGGUUUAAAGACUGAAUGAAGCUGUAUCUUCAAGAAGAAAAAUUGAUGUAAUGGUUCUCAACACAAAAUCAGAUGGACCUGUAUUAUCCUGAGCUUGUAUUUAAAUACUAGGUAACAGUUAUUUAAAUACAAGCUAUUUUUUCAUUUUUCAGUUCACUGUACCAUUUCAAAAGAAAAUCAAUAAAAAUGCUACUAUUUAUCCACUUAUUCUGGUUGCUGCAGUAAGUUGGGGGUAAACUGACUCUUUCAAACAACAAAGCUUACCAUUUUUGCCCAAACAAAGUUUGUAUCGACUUUAACCAAUGUUGUCUUAAACAUUGGUUAAAUUGCACAUUAAUAAAUGAAAUAAUCUGGUCUUUCAGUUUCUUAAAACUAGCUGUUGCUUCAUUUUUAGACACCAAUAUGUGUUCUGGUAAUUCUCAGUUAAACAAACCAGUGUAUUAUAAAUUUCAUAUAGCUUUUAUUCAGUCAUCUACUGCAUGAUAAUCUGCCUCUUGCUUCUCACCUUGAAGUUUUCUGAGAACUUCCUAUGAACAUAAUGUGUGUAUAUCAAUAGGAAGAUUUUGAAUGUGGAAUCCCUUAAAAAAUGAGAUGUAUAGGUUGUAUAUCUACUGCCUGUAGCAUCAGGAAUUCAAGAAGGAACACUCGUUAUUUUACAGUGCCUUUGGAGGAUUGCUUUCAUUAAUUUUUUAAGAUAAGAAAAUUCCUCUCUAGCUCUAUUCCAGUCCAAUCCAAAAAGUUUUUCAAACAGCAUUUGAAAGGUACAGUGACUGACAGGGAUCCAAGUACACUCGCCAAAAUGAUUUUAUUGAAGCACUGCAUACCUAAACAAUAAAUAAGCUAUGAUUCUUAAUAAAUUAAAUAGAUGAACUACAAAGAGCUUCAGUAUAUACCAACAGGAUACUCUGCUACUGAAGAAUCAUUCUAUUGUUAAUCUGAGUUUUAUAAGCAACAGGUGCGAGUUUAAUAAACACCUGAUUUUCUAUUGAUUAGUAUAUAUUUGUUAUGGUUUUUGAGAAUUUGAAUAUAAUAAGGAAAUCAUUUUAUUAAGUCACUGGUACUGUAUAUGCUAAUGAAUUCAUACCACUUUAUGUUCUACAGCACCAUCUCUCUUAUGUGUGAUAAUUUGCCACACUUAAUUCAGCCUUUUUUUUUCAUUGCUUUCAUGGAAUAAACAACUUCCAUAUAAAGUGCUUGUCAGUGUAUGUUGGAACCAUUUCAUAUGCUAAGAUACUUCUACACCACUGCUAUUAUAUUUCUACCAUAACAUGAGGAUUACAAGCUAUUUGGUUAAUUGCACAUCAUACAUAUUACUCCCAAACAUUUAAUUUUUAGCACGUAAGCAUGCCAGCACUCUGUGUCAUACUAAUAAAGCAAUAGUCACUGCUAUGUUACACAUACCAAGAGUGUGACUUAUCACAAAACAAUAUCACAGUUUACAGCUACAUUAUGUUUGCCAGUCAAUGACUGCAAAUAUUGUGGGUACACAUCAUGUCGUACUGCGUGUUCUGGGAGUUGCAGGCAACUGUGAAAUGCCAUAUUUUGCACCUGUUAAUUUUGUUCUCAUGGCUGAUAGUUCCUGAACAUUUUAUAGUGAUUGUCUGAGUUUUCUUACUACUCAGAACUAGGAUUCAUUUUUAUUUGCACAGCAUGUUAGUUUUUCACUGACAAAAGCAUUUACUCACAGUUUUCAUCACAUAAGUAUGUUUCCAAACUCAUGAAUGUAUGUGAUACUAAGAACUCAGUGAUUGAGCAUUUAUAUUUUUUUAUCUUCAACUUGUCUGAAUUUAUUACAUCAAUAAUUUCAAUAAUUACAUAAUAUUUCAUACCUUCCAGCCAGUAUGUUAAAAUAAUAUAUUAUAUCUUUUAUGUAUGGUAUUGCUCAGUUUGUUUAAAUAUAUUCACAUUUAAAAUUAUUUAAAUGCAUGAAUAUUAUGUCACUACUUAUAUAUUUUCACAAUCUGAAACAUUUCUAAGGGAAUCAAUUUGAAAAAACAGAAUUCUUUAAUAACACUGACUUUAUGUAAAUGCUGCAGUAAUUACUCUUAGGGAACUAAGAGGAUUAAUUCAUAAGUUUUAUUGCACACAUAUUUUAACUUCAAAAAUAAUUUCAGUUAACUUUUAGGGAAACUAGGUUUUUAUUAUUAGUAUAAUUAAUAACAAAUGUUUUUCUGAAAAAGAAAGUAUUUUGAAAAACCAUGGAAAAUUUGUAUAUUUUUCUUAAAAAAACUAAGUGUUGUAUAAUGUUUAAAUCUUUCAUUUUAGAAUUAUGUGCAUUUUAUUCUAGCUGUAUAUAAAAUGCCAUACAUAAUCUGCAAUCUUUAACCCAGUUUCAAAUAAAUUUUCACUUUGGUUGUAUGAAAUAAAGCACAUUCCUCAUUACUUUUAAGUAAAAGUAAUUUUAUAUUUUCAAGUUAAAAAUGAGUAAAUUAAUGUCUGUACAGAUUUUUAAAAAUUUAUUCCAUGAGGAAACUUUGUAGUAAACAUUCUGCUUUCUGUUUAUUACAUUUUGCCUUCAAUUUCAAAUUAAAAAAAUCAUAUGUGCAUAUUUGUAUGAUUUUUAAUUUGACCAUGUUUCGCGUACAACAGGCAUAGACAAGACUACAAUCUGUUACAACAGAAUAGGCAAAGUUAUUUUCUCCCACUUUGCCUCAUAACUACAAUAAUGGCAAGCGGUCAAGUUUCCCGGUUGAUCCUCCCCCCCCCCCCCAUUUCAUUUCUGUUUAACAUGUUUCACGUUGUGAAAAGACCAUGAACGAUAGCCACUUGAUUUAUACUUUUAAAUGAAGUGAGGGGGGGGGAAGUACUGUGCGAUGACCACACAUGUUAAGAUUGCAAAUGAAGCAGGGUUAGAUAAUGCCUAUUUUAAAGUAAUGAACUAUAAUACAAAACAAUAUAAAAACAUAUUAACUAUUCAAAUACACUAUUUUUUUCCUUUUUGUGGAUUGCAUUUAUUUUUUGGCAUAUUGAUUGAAAAAUAUAAGUUUUUAAGAACAAAUGAACAGAAACAUGGUAAAGUAGUUGGCAAACAAACAUUGUAGGACCAAAUGUGAGAUUUUGUCAAUUUCUGAGUUAAGUUCCUUAUAUGUAUCUAAAUAUAUCUAAUGUAAAUACUGUCAAGUGUUGAAACACUGUAUUUGCUGUUUUUCAAAUAAAAAGUUAAUUUUGUA